AUGUUCUGGCACGCCGAUCACUUGUUCUGGUCGACGGGCCUCCCCGUGUUCGAUUUCAGCCUAAAGUUCGAAGAGACCAUCCUCCAAAUCCUGCCCUCGAGCUCCUUCAUCCUCUUUGCCUCUUGCGCUGCGUUUGUUCUAUUUGCCCUGGAGCUUGUCAACUUGAUCCUGCGUCGGCUUUCCGACAUCCGUAUCGAGACCACAUACCCGGCUGCGUCUCUCGACUUUGUCGCUGCACUCGCGGUCGUGACUGUCGUGUACAUCCAACAUGGCCAUGCAAUCCGGUCCUCGGCCGUCUUUGGCCUCUAUCUUGCCAUUGGAACCCUGAUCGAUGGGACCAAAAGCCGCUCGUACUUUCUGCGGCAUCUGACGGCUUCCGGUGCUGUCGCGGCUGCUACCGCCGCCAUGAGACUUGUCCUGCUUGUCCUCGAGGAAGUGCCCAAGACGAAGCUGAUUAUCGAUCCCGAACUUCGCACCAUAUCGAAUGGCGAGGCGACAAGCGGAUUCUUCAGUCGAUCUUUGUUCGUCUUUCUCCUCCCAAUGCUGCGCUCUGGAUACAAUGGCAUUCUCGUCUUAGACGAUCUGAGCGACCUUGGCAUCGAGUUUGCUGCCAGGGGUCUUCUUCUCACUCUGUCCGACCACUGGCCGGCCUCGCUACGGACGUCUGCGAAUUCGCUAUUCAUCGCCUGCUGCAAGACCUGGAAAUGGGCCCUUCUCAUUAUCCUCAUCCCUCGACUCUGCCUCACCGGCUUUGUGUACUCGCAGCCCUUUGUCAUGCGUGCCGUCAUUACCCAUAUCGGACAGCCCUAUAGUGAUGAGAUGGGAGGCCUCAUCGGAGCGACACUGACGGCAUUCGGCGGAGCUGCUCUAUGUAGAGCCAUUUCCACCCAUCUCAAGAAUCGAUUCAUUGCUCGAGUCCGGGGCGGAUUGAUUGCUCAGCUAUUUGACAAGUCAUAUAGACUCAAGGUCUCCGAGGCAAAGAAGCAGGCUGCCAUCACCAUGAUGAGUGCCGAUUAUGAGAGCAUCGCCGAAGGUAUCCCUGCCUGUGUUGAGAUUCCAUUCUCCAUCGUGGAAUCGAGCCUCGGCAUCUUCUUCCUCUCUCGCUUUAUCAAGCUCUCGUGCUUUAUAGUCUUUAUCCCGCUAAUUCUAGCGCCGAUACUGGGUCAUAUGAUUGGCCGACAAACGUCAUCAGCCGUGGCCUUGUGGAAUGGCGAGAUCCAGAAGCGAGUGGCAAAGACGUCGCAUGUACUCUCACAGCUUCCAGCCAUCAAGAGCCUUGGGCUUGGCCCUAAAAUGGCUCAAUACAUUCAACGGCUUCGAGUCGACGAGACACGAGCGUCGAGGAAAUACCGCGUCUUCCAAGCCGUCUCACUCGGAACCAGUGUUUUGGUUGAUCAUCUCACUCCCGUGCUCGUCGUCGCUGCUGGAUUGUUCACCCACAUGUUUGGCUAUGAGAUUGACCCUAAUAUUUUAUUUCCAACACUCGGCGUUCUGACUCUAGCAAAGGAGCCAUUGGCAUCUCUCGUGACAAUAUAUCCCAGAGCCAUGUCCAUGCUGGCCUGCUUCGAAAGAGUUCAGGUAUUCUUGUGCCAGGAUGAGCACCAGGAUACUCGUACGGUCCUGCAAGAUCUCUCCGAGUCUGGCCAUGGGACUCUUAUAACUUCUUGUCAGUAUUCGACUCUAGAGAAGGCUGCUGGUCAAAUGCCACUUGUAAUGUUUCGAUUUGAAGGGGUGGCUAUCGCACCUCGCGGAUCCGACAAGCCAGUACUCACAAAUGUGGACUUGUGCAUUGAGGAUGGAUCUGUCACGGCAAUGUUUGGUCCUACAAGCUCUGGAAAGACCACCUUCAUACAGAGUCUGCUAGGAGAAGCCGAGAUUAUGGCCGGCAGACUUUCUAUCGACGAGUCAGUCCUGAGAGUAGCACUCUGCGGCCAGGACGUGUUUCUGCCAAAUACCACGGUUCGUGACUGCAUUAUCGGAGCUUGCAACUAUGACCCUGUCUGGUUCGGCAUUGUGCUUAGAUGCUGCAAGCUGGAAGCAGACCUUGAAAGACUGCCCAACGGGCAAGACUACGUUAUUGGCAGCGGCGGGAUUGGACUGAGUGGCGGCCAGAGGCAAAGGAUCGGCAUUGCCCGGUCUGUCUACGCGCGAACCAAGGUCACUGUCUUUGACGACAGCUUUAGUGCUCUCGACAAGAAGACAGCCAUGGAGGUAUUGAUGGGUCUCUGUGGCCCGGAUGGUCUUCUUCGAGCGCAGAAUUGUACAGUCAUACUGGCCGGCUACUUGCCUGAGUGCCUAGACGUGGCCGACAGCCUUUUGCUGCUCGACGGCGAGGGCAACAUUACCAUGGAGAACCACCAGUACAAGGGCAAGGUUAAAGCGCAAGUGGCUUGUCUGCUUCAACAGGGUCUUUUGGGAGAAAAGGAACAUGUUUCGGUUGAAGAGACAGAAACGUGUGAGUCGAGCGAGCCCCUCAGUGACACGCCGGCUCGACCAAGAGGUGGUGUCGAAGGUGUCGAUCAGCGCCGCCAGAGAGGAGACAUGCGUCUAUACAUGCUCUGGAUCAAUGCUGUCGGGAGGGUGUCUGUGGCUGUCUUCAUGUUCCUGAUGCUGUUUGUGACGGCGUCGGAUGCGUUUCCCAACAUCUACAUGAGGCUUUGGAUCCAUUUCGCGCCAGCCAACAACGAGUACCUGAUUGGGUACGCGUUGAUUGCGCUAUUUUCUGGUCUACUCACCUGCCUUGGACUGUCUACAAUGUUUAUCAGAUUGGCGCCUCGUGCUUCCAAUAGACUCCAUGCAAAACUCAUCACUGUGACGACUCAGGCUACCAUUGGAUUCCUGACGACAACCGAUUCCGGAUCACUUCUAAAUCGGUUCAGCGAGGACAUGGAGUUGCUAUCUAAACGCGUACCGUCCAAAUCUUACACAACCAUCUAUGCCUUUCUCGGUACCGUGGCUCAUACGGCGCCGAUCUUUGCUGGCACAUCCUACAUGGUAGCCACGUUACCCGUGGUCGUAUUUUGUCUCUUCAUGAUACAAAGAUACUAUCUUCGCACAUCGCGUCAGCUUCGACUGUUGCAGAUUGAAGCACAAGCGCCAUUGGUCACUGCCCUGCGUGACAUUGGAACUGGCAUCAUUUACAUGCGCGGAUUCGGCACUCAAGAACACCACUUUGCGCGCUGCUUGAACCUCUUGGAUCAGUCGCAAAAGCCAUAUUAUCACCUUCUCACCUCACAAGCGUUCUUGACACUGGUUUUGGAGCUUGUAGUCACGCUGAUGGCCCUGGUUCUUGCAAUUCUUGCACUGUUCGUCAAGGAUUCCACCGACUCAAAUGCUGCGGGCCUUGCCUUCCUCAACCUCAUCUUUAUCGGCCAGGGCUUUACCAUGGCCGUCAAUGCGUGGACGGGAAUGGAGACCUCGGUGGGAUCCCUUGCGAGACUGCGUGACUUUUUGAGAGACACCCCGAUGGAGUGUAAAGACGGAGCGGUCGACCUGCCCACCGACUGGCCCUCACGAGGUGAGGUUGUCUUUACCAACGUCACCGCUCGCUACAAACUGGACGACGUGACUGAACAACCGGCCGUCCUGCAGGGCAUCAAUUUUCACGUUGAGCCUGGAAAAAAGAUUGGCAUCAUGGGCCGUACCGGAAGCGGCAAGUCUUCCCUCCUCAAUACCCUUCUCGGGUUUCUAGAAUACGACGGCAGCGUCACUAUUGACGGCGUGGAGAUAAGAAGUGCCCAUCCGGACGAGCUACGAGCUCGAAUCAUCACCAUAUCUCAGGACUUGGUCGAGCUGGACGGCACAAUCCGGGACAACCUGCUGCCCUACGACAAGUCAUGGGACAAAACAACGCCGUCCGUUGGCCGGGGUGCAGAUCAGCAGCAGCAGCAGCAGCAGGAGGCCGACAGACGGGACGAGAUUGUCCGCGAGACACUUGUACGGCUGGGAAUCUGGGAGCCGCUCGCCGGCCCGGGCGGCGGCCUGGACGCCGUGCUCGACCAGGUUGGAUACUCGCACGGCGAUAAGCAGCUACUCUGCAUCGCGCGCGCCGUGGUCCGUAGGCGUCUGACCGGCAGCAAGCUUGUCUUGGUGGAUGAGGCGACGGCCAGCGUCGACAGCUGGCGCGACCAGAUUGUCCGCGAGAUGAUGACGGAGUACUUUCGCGGGUGCACCAUCAUCGUGGUCGCGCAUCGCGAAGAAACCAUUGCGGAUUCUAAUUGCACCAUACACAUGGCAGGAGGCUGCUGUCAGUCUGUAGACAACUAUGACAGUAGCUCGGGCUGGUGA